AUUGUCAAAGACACAUAUUUCCUUAGUAAUAAAAAUGAAUAAAACUUCUCAAACACUUAUUAACAAAGCUAAUCAAAAGGAAGUGGUUAUCGAUAAAGACUACGAAAAUAUUAAAAAAGUUUUACUACAAAGUUUAAAAUUAAAUAAAUAUGACGAUGAAACAUUUAAGAAAAAUGAAAUAUAUUUCGUUCACAAAAAUUUGUGGGAAAAAGUACGUAAAACACAUCUAUCAUCUUCUCAUUUUUUCUAUGUUUGUACAUUUAAUCAAACAAAAGACAAGGAAUUAUUCUUAAAAAAAACAUUACGCAUUCAUAAUAAAACAACUGAUACCAAAGAUAAUAUCCCGUUUGCUGUGCAAUAUGGCACAGUUAAUGAGCCCAACGCAAUAGAACUUUUUGAAAAGAAAAUGAACACAAAGAUUAAACCAUGUGGUCUAUUUUUUGAUGGAAACAUUAACUAUUUAACAGCAAAACCAGAUGGUUUAAUUGGGAAAGAUGGUAUUAUUGAAAUAAAAUGUCCAGUUAAGGCCCAAUAUAUGACUCCCGAAAAAGCUAUAAAAGAUAAAGUGAUAAAAUAUGUGCAUUAUAAUGAAAAUGAAGAACUCGUACUAAAACGUACUUCUCGAAUUUUUUUUCAAAUACAAGGAGAACUGCAUAUUACUCAAAGGCAGUAUUGUUAUUUAAUUAUUUGGACCCCAAAAGGAAUAGUUUAUUGUAAAAUUCUACGAGAUGACAAUUUUUGGAACGAUAAUAUGGAAAAGAGUCUCAUUGACUUUUACGAAAACAUUAUGUUACCUGAAAUAAUAAAUCCUCAAUAUUUUAAGAAGUUUAAUAUUGCUAAAACAUAAUAAAUUAUUAUACAUUCAUAUGUUAAUUGAAUUAAUGAAUUAACAAAUUAUUGUAAAAAUAUAUUAUGUCUAAAUAAAACAACAACUAAAAUAGUUAGG